AUGUCGUUGUCCAGGUCCAGGCUUCUUGUGUUCCUGUAUGGGGUCCUCGCGUGCCAGUUGUUUGCUACUUUUCCACCUAUCAGCAGUAACGAACAGAGCAGACUCAGUGGCAGAGCCCUGGUGCAAGGCGGCAGUGCCUCCUGGAACAAAACGGAUGAGGAAGCUGGAGAAGGACAAUACCUACUGGGAAUAAAAAGACUCAGGAGGCUUUACUGUAAUGUGGGCAUCGGCUUCCACAUUCAGGUCCUGCCGAAUGGGAGGAUAACGGGCGAACACGAGGAAAACAAAUACAGUCUUAUAGAAAUUUCUCCAGUGGAGAGAGGAGUGGUGACUUUGUUCGGAGUGAGAAGUGGUCUCUUUGUUGCCAUGAGUGAAAAAGGGAAACUCUAUGGUUCGGGAAACUACAGCAAUGACUGCAACUUCAAGGAGACUCUUCUGGCCAACAACUAUAAUGCCUAUGAAUCCGUCGCCCACCCCGACAUGUUCAUUGCUCUCAGCAAGACUGGAAAAACCAAAAGAGGAAACCGCGUCACUCCAACAAUGACUGUGACACACUUCCUUCCCCGGAUGUAA